GUGGUGCCCGGAAUGGAGCAGGGAGCCUCAGGGAAGCCAAAGGAUGCUCUCUCCCACUUGAGCCAGCCCCCCAGUGCCAUAGGGCUUCACUGUUGAAGGAGGUGUGAGGAAAAAACGGUUGGGUGAGAGUGUUUAUGGGGAAAGGAGUGUAGAUGUGGGUGGGGCACAAGAGUGCAGGUGGGUGUAGGUGGAAAGAUGGGGCUUGGGGACGUGUGGGAUUUGGAAGGCGGAGCAGAAGAAAGCAGAGAGCCAGGAAGCAGAGUGCAUGGUCCAUGCCCUACUGUGCCUGAGGGCCUGGGGCUAACCCCAGGCACCAGGGAAGCUGCAGGCGUGGUGAGACGAUGCUGUGGUGUCUCUCCUCCCUCUCUCUCAUGUCUCUCUCGCUGCCUGUCUACUCCUCUCCUUUCUCACUAAAAAUAACAAAUAGAAAAUCAGUCCAGGGGUGUAUGUGUGUGUCUCAGACAAGUGUACACACACACAUACACACACACCUUGGGCUCAUUCCUCAGCACCACAUUAACAAAGAAAGGAAAGGGGGGCGGGUGGUGGUGCACCUGUAGAGUGCACGUUACCAAUUGCAAGGACCCGGGUUCAAGCCCCCACUCCCCACCUGCAGAAGGGAAACUUCACAAGCAAUGGAGUAAAGCUACAGGCAUCUCUCUGUCUCUCUCCUCUAUCUCUGUUCCCCUCUCCAUUUCUCUCUGUCCUAUUACAUAAUAAAACUUAAAAGAUUCGUCCAUAUAUUUAAAGAAAUUUAAACUAACAAAUAAAAAGAGGAGAGAGGAUCUUAGGAAGAAGGUGCUUCCUGAAGGGAGGACGCCUGAGGAAGAUAGUGAAGGGGUGAAGCUCGGGAAGGAGAGAUGGUGAAAGUCGAGUUCAAGGAUGGGCAGGAUGGUGAAUUACCUCAGGUGCAGUCUCCCAGAACAGGAGAGUUGGCCAGCCACGCUCACCCUCCUACUCCUGCCCCUAGAUCCAUGGAACCCAGUGAAAAGCCUGCUGUUCACCACUGCCCCUCAGAUUCUACCACAGGGGGUGAGACCACAGCCCCCCAGGGCAUGGAGCUUGUCCCCAAGAGAGCUGUCACUCGCUCUCCAACCUGUGCCCGCUGCCGCAAUCACGGCGUUACUGCCCACCUCAAGGGCCACAAGCGCCUCUGUCUCUUUCAAGCUUGCGAGUGUCACAAAUGUGUCCUCAUCUUGGAGCGCCGAAGGGUCAUGGCUGCCCAGGUGGCCUUGCGUAGGCAGCAGGAGGCACAGCUAAAGAGGCACCUGGCUCAGGGCCUGAUAAGGAAAGGAGCAAUCCCUCCCAAAACUCCCAGUCGUGUCAAGAAGGGAACCACUCGACCGGGGGGCCCCCCUGGAAAGGAGAACAGAGUGACUCAGACCCCUCAUGGGGCUGUCCCAGUGACACUGACACCCCCUGGGAAGGAGAAUUCCCGAGCACCUCUGCUACUCAGCCAUCCCACAGAAGCCUUGCCUUUGCCUUGGGCCCCAGUACUUCCAGGCCCUUGGACCCCUGGACACUGGCUGCCUCCUGGUCUUUCAGUGCCACCCCCAGUGGUGUGCCGCCUGCUUUGCCAAGAAACUGCUGUCCCUCUACAUCCCUUCCCUGGCUUUGAACCUGGCACCUCUCUCCGACUGCCCACUCAUGGACCCCUCCCAACCUGCCCAGGAUCUCGCCCAAUACUGACAGCUCCUCUUUCUGGAGAAUCCCAAGGAGCCUCUGUCCUGCCCCGCACGUGCUCAACUCUGAUACUCCAGCCCUGUGGCCCCCCAGACCCUCUUUUGCUGCAACCUCAGGUCCUGGAUAAGACUUCUGGGGAAGGGAAGCUCAGAGAAGGAAUGGAACACUUAGGAGUUUUUAAUGGAACACUUAGGAGUUUUUCAGUAAGCUUCUCUCCCUUUACCUUGCAGGUGCCUGCAGCCUCUCGCCUGGCCUGGACCUCACUCUCCUCAGAACGGCAGUUGCAACGAGAGGCAGCUGAGGCUCUUGUAGGGCUGAAAGACUCAUCCCAGGCUCCCCGGUUGACCCCUUCUAUCUCCCCUAAUCCUGCCUGGAUCUCUCUGCUUCAUCCUUGUGGCCCACCAGCUGCUGCUGGAGGAAGAGGAUUCCAGCCUGUUGGCCCCUCUCUUCGACCCAGCCCAGCCGCCUCCGUGGCUCUGCAUAUUGGGCGACUAGGGUCCAUCUCCCUCCUAACUUAAAAGCUCAGAGGUGGAGACCUUGCUAGGGCAGCAAGCAAUGCAUUCAGGCACUGUAUAUUAGUAUUUUAGUAUUUUACAAAUGAUUUAUGAGUGGAAUUUAACAUAGUACAAACAUUAGGGUCUGUUUUUGUUUGUUUGGUUUGGUGUUUUUUUUUUUUAAGCUUUCAGGUGCUUUGUUAGCUUUUGGUUUUUGUUUUUUUCAUGUAGUGUGUACUUUUCCUUGGCUGAAAAAAAAUAUUCUUGUUGUCCAUGGGUCCUAAGAAAUUUUUAAGUCCCCAAUAGAACUGUACAGUUUAAACUCACCAGUAUCUAAAGAGGCUCGUGCAUGAACUCAACCUACUUAUUGGUGUGUUAUUCUCUAUCCUACCUGCACACUCGUGGCUGUAUCCAUAUAUGUGAAAAAAAGAUUAUUUUCAUUUUGCAUCUAUAUUUCUAUAAAUUAGCAGGAAAUAAACCAGUUUUAAGUCAAUGA